GUUUGACACAUCAGAAGGAAAGUUAAGACAAUCUGAAGCCGAAUGAGUUCUACUGCAGAAGCUGCUACGCCAGUCCCACUGUGCUUUAAGGUGAAUGGCUCCUGCUCAAGAACCCUACAUCCCUUUGGAGUCCAGUUAGCCAUUUAUGUGGUCUGUGCUAUUGGUGUGUUACUUACUAUCAUGGGGAAUCUGUUGGUAGUGAUUGCUAUCUUCCACUUCAAAAUACUUCACACUCCCACUAACUUCUUGCUACUCUCUCUUGCCCUGGCAGAUUUCCUCCUGGGCUUAACAGUCCUUCCCUUCAGCACAAUCCGCUCUGUAGAGAGCUGCUGGUAUUUUGGCGAUAACUUUUGCCAGCUCCACACUUUUCUGGAUACAGUCUUUUGCUUGACUUCCAUAUUUCACCUCUGUUUUAUCUCCAUCGACCGUCACUCUGCCAUCUGUGACCCUUUGCUCUAUCCUACCAAGUUCACCCUACGGGUUGCUUGCAUCUACAUAGCCCUGGGGUGGGGGAUUCCUGUAGUUUACACUUCCAUCUUCCUUUACAGCAAAGGAAUUGAGGAAGGGUUAGGUCAGUUUUUGCAAGACAUGCCCUGCAUUGGGAGUUGUCAGCUGCUGUUCAACAAACUCUGGGGCUGGAUCAACUUCCCAGUCUUCUUCUUCCCCUGCCUCAUCAUGAUAGGGUUGUAUAUCAAAAUAUUUAUUGUGGCAACUAGACAAGCUAAACAGAUCAGCAACAUGAACCAAACCCACAGGGGGAGCAACCAUCAGACAGGAGCUGCAAAAAGAGAAAGGAAGGCAGCAAAAACCUUAGGUGUCACAGUAGGAAUCUACCUCUUUUGCUGGUUGCCAUUUACAAUAGACACUCUCCUAGACAGCCUGCUGGAUUUCAUUACCCCUCCUGUUGUGUUUGAUAUUCUUAUUUGGCUUGCUUACUUUAAUUCUGCCUGUAACCCCUUGAUUUAUGUGUUUUCCUAUCGUUGGUUCAAGAAAGCCAUGAAGCUCAUUGUAACAUGCCAGGUCUUCUCUACAAGAACAUCUACAAUUGACCUAUAUCAAGAGGAAUGAUCUAUUGUUGGGAGGGCAAAUAUGGUUGGCCUGAUAUAUUCUGAUGUUUGGGAAAAGUAGAAAAUAGCAUUCCCACCCACCUUGCAAUCAAAGUACAUAAAAGUGAAGGUCAAUGAAGCUAUUUUGGUAGGAGACACAGGAAAUUCUUCCCCUUCCUGGCAGUGAAACAACAAUAAUGAAUUAAAUGGCUCAUCAUUUUCUGCCCUUUCACGAACCCCCAAAUCACUUUCCUGAGGCAGCUGCUUUAGUUUUCCUAAUAGGCUAAAGUCCACUGUCCUUUGACUAACUUCAUUCCAUUCUUUUCAAGACAACGUAACGUGCUAUAACACAACAUGCAUGGAAUGUGGAAUACAUUGAAAAUGCUUAAGCACAAGUAUAACCUACUGGUGAUGAAAGUGAUGUGUUUGUUUAUUUUUCUUUCUACAUUUAUUACAAGAAUAAUUUCAUUUUAGUAAUGAAAAGAGAGUGGUGUUGUCCAGAUGUAGCAAUUCAGUUCAACCAAGCAGAGUCAAAAUACGGUUGAAAGCUUGUACUGGGUAAUCAGUAAGAUAAAGAACUGUGGAUUAAUUGUAGAAUUUU